UUGUUCUGGGUUAACAUCUCUUCUCUUUGCAAAAUAUCUGGCAAAAUAAAACAAGUAGCAGGUUUCAACGCAAAGGGCUGUGUUGUUUCCAAUUGUUAUCGUCGGCGCGGAAGCGCUACAGCUUAUAAAUUUCUUUCUAGGUACCGCGAUGCUCGCAAUACAAUACGGCGUGAAUAUGUACUACCAGAUUUUUGUCGCUUGUCGCGAGGGUAUCUGAGAGAUCCUUCACAAACGGCCAAAUCUUCGCAACCGGAGGAUGCACCUCAAGCCAUUACUUUGAACCGAGAACGUUUUGCACUACCCGAACUUCUGUUUCACCCCUCAGACAUUGGCCUGAACCAAAUGGGUGUCGUCGAGGCAGUCGUUGAAUCACUUUCAAGAUGCCCUAUGAAUCUCAGAGCGGCAUUAGUGCAAAACAUAUCUCUAGUGGGAGGAUGCACGCUGUUUCCGGGAUUCAGGGAACGAUUUUUCACUGACUUGCGGUCGUAUAUGGACGUUGACUGGUGCGUAAAUCUUGCUGAUGUUUCCAAUCCAAUCACCCACGCAUGGUCAUGUGCAACAGCUGCAUUCACUGGAGAUAUGGCGACAGAAGAUCAACUCUUCGUCACAAGAGAUGAAUGGAAUGAACACGGUGAGGAGAUCCUGCACAAGAAGUUUCUCAACUUUUUGGACUUCGAAUCAGAAGAGGCAGAGGAAGCGUCUGACGAACCAAAUGAAUAG